AACUCGCCAUUCGACACAUCUGUGGAACAGCGCCAGCAACGUAGAACUCCAGAGGCUGAAAAUAUAAGCGGAUUCAUGUAUUUAAGUCCCUGCGAAGCCUGAAAGCUAGAACAGCAACUAAAAACAAUUUCCAUGGCAACAUACACAAACAAACCAGAAAUAAAAAUAGUUUCUAUGAAAGAAGCCAAGCAAAUUAAUUGAAAAUAAAAAUAAUGAAACUGAAAACGCGCAUUUGCAAAAGAAGCUCAGCUACAACAUCGGAAGCCCCGCAGGAGCGCAGCAAACAAUUUACGAGCUAUCCGCUGCGAUGUGUGGAUUGGAGCAGCAAUGAGGAGAUCUAUUUUGUCAGCGACGAUCAUCAGAUCUACAAAUGGAGCGAUGUGAGUCGCGAUUCUGUGGAGGUGGCCAAACUGCCGGAUGACUUCAUACCCACGGAUAUGCACUGGCUGCUGUUGGGUGGUCGCAGCAGUGGCGGCGGCAAGGGCAGCGAUACGCUUCUCAUUUGCAGCAACGAUGGACGUUUCAUUAUAUUGAAUAAGAGCGCGCGGGUCGAGCGCAGCAUUUCCGCCCACACGGCGGCAAUUAGCUCGGGUCGCUGGAGUCCCGAUGGCGCUGGCCUCUUGACCGCAGCAGAGGAUGGUGUCAUCAAGAUCUGGUCCCGCUCUGGCAUGCUGCGCUCCACGGUCAUACAAAGCGACGAGGCGAUCCGCUGUGCCCGCUGGGCGCCCAGCUCGACGGCAAUUGCUUUCAGCCAGGGUGGCCACAUUUCCAUCAAGCCGCUGGCAGCCAAUAGCAAACUGAUAAGGUGGCGCGCCCAUGACGGCCUGGUGCUGUCGCUGAGCUGGUCUGGGCAAUCGAAUAUUAUAGCCUCUGGCGGGGAGGACUGUCGCUUUAAGAUUUGGGAUGCGCAGGGCGCCAGUCUGUAUACGAGUGCGGCUGAGGAGUAUGCCAUCACGAGCGUGGCCUUCAAUCCGGAGAAGGAGCAGCUGCUGGUGGGCACCUUCAACAUGAUCAAGCUGUGCCACAGCACGGGCUGGUCCUAUAGCAGUGCACGCUUUACGGCGCCUAGCGUGGGCUCGUUCUUCACAUUGUCCUGGUCAACGGAUGGCACUCAGGUGGCCUGUGGCACCUCCACUGGGCAGCUGAUCGUCGGCUAUGCCGUGGAGCAGCAGCUCAUCUCGCGCAACUUGAAAGCAACGAGCACGGGUCGCAAAUGCAUUGCUUUGCAGGACAUUUCCAAUGGCACCAAGGAUGUGCUGGAGUUUCCACAGCGCGUCAUCAACUUUGCGCUGGGCUAUGGCCACUUGGUGGUGGCCACCACCCAUCAGCUGCACAUCUACAACGAGAAGUACAUCAACACCCCAAUCAUCAUUGAUGGCCGCAACGAUGUGCGCGUCAUUGAAGUGGCCAAAAAGUACUUCAUGGUGCUGGAUGCCACCUCCAUUUGGGUUUACACAUACACAGGUCGUCUGCAUCUCAAUCCUCGCUACCCGGGCUCGCAGGCGCAGCUGCCGCUGCUCAAUUGGCGCUCCAUUUCACUGGGCCUCGACGUGCUGGCUAUAAGAGACAAUUCGGAGACUUCGCUGCUGCAUCUUUUUGACCUGAUGCCUGGUGCCUCACGGCAAUAUGAGCCGCAGUCGCUGAGAGCCAAGCAGCAGCUGGCAGAGAUCGCUGCCUGUCGUGCCGGCAGUGCGGACGACCAGUUCAUUGCCUUCAUUGAUACCAAUCGAGAGCUGUACAUUAGCGAGACGCGGAACAUUAACGGCAACUCGACAACUGAUCGCGUGGUCAAUGGCGCCGAUGAGAUCUACAAGAUCGGCACCCAGUUGACAGCCAUCAAGUGGGCCAGCGAGACGAACAUCUUGGUGGGCGUGCACGAUUCCUGCUACAGCAUCUGGUACUGUCCCGGCGAGGGCUCUGCCGAUCCCACAAUCAUUGCCCUGACCACCAUUACCCUAGACACGGCUGAAUUUGGCAAAUACGUGGCCAUCGAUAGCUUCGAAGAUGCCGUGAUUACCUUUCGCUGCGCUGGCGCUCUGCUGCCUGUCAACGUGAAUAUCUACUGCGAGGUUCUGCAUCGCACGCUGCAGGAGGGACAGUGGCAGCAGGCACUGCGAAUCUGUCGGCUGGCGCAGCAUACGAGUCUGUGGGCCACGCUGGCUGCUGUGGCCACCCGCAAGCAUCAGCUGCAGCUCAGCGAGGAGGCCUACUCGGCAGCUCUGCAGAUCGAUAAAGUCAGCUAUCUGCAGCACCUGAAGACGCUGUCGCCAUCCAGUGCUGAGCAAAUGGCCGAGAACUCGCUCAUGCUGGGCAGGCUGCUCGAAGCGGAGACCAUACUGCUGCACAAUCGCAAAUAUGAGCAGGCCGUAGCGCUGGCACUGCGCAUGCACAGCUGGAAACGUGCACUCGAAAUAGCGCUGAAGCACCAAGCGGAGCAGCCCGACCUGGAGCUCGUGCAGCGCGUGCUGCAGCAGCGACAGCGCUAUCUGAAAGCCUUGCAGCGCGAAGAGUGGGAUGCACUGUUUCUCAGUCAGCUCAAGGAUGAUAAUGCUAGUGAAUAA